CGGCGUCCUUGGUGCCUCUUCCGCGGUAUUCCGUUCUUUUUGCAGAGCGCGAGAUUUAGCAGCUUCUUUGCAUUUCUUUAUAUUCGAAAUCGGUGUUGGAUUGGUCGCUCGACAAGAAAAAAAAGUGAGAUUUGGCUACUAGCACGUAGUCUGGCAGGUUCCGGACGCGUCCCACCUGGUACGAAGUGCGGCGAUCCGCACGACCACCACCACGACAGCCCGCCAAGAUGGGCUUCAUCAACGCCAUUGUAACGAACAUUGCGCCGAUAUUCAUCGCAACAAGCCCAGUAACCAGCUAUGGCGACCAAAUCUACUCGAUGCACCGCUCGCGCAGCUCAGCGGGAUUCUCCCUCGACAUCCCGCUCAUCAUGCUGGUCGCCAGCAUCCUCAAAGUCUUCUUCUGGUUCGGCACACACUUCAGCACCUCGCUGCUCAUCCAAGCCGUGCUCAUGAUCGCCGUGCACCUCUUGCUGCUCCACGUCGCCCUCACCAACCGCCCGCCGCCAUCACACCUCCCCUUCCAGCCCCACGCGUCGAACCGCCCGUAUGACUUCUGGCAGUGGCGGAAUCCACGCCCGUUUUGGACGUUUAUAACCUACUUCGCGGGUGUGCUGCUUGUGCUGCACUUCCUCGUGUCUCCUACGGCGUAUUUCAUCCCGUAUACGGAUCUUCUCGGCAUGGUUGCGCUUACCAUCGAAGCUACGCUCCCGCUCCCACAACUCCUCGCAAAUUGGCAGCGGAAAGGAUGCAAGGGCUUCCGGCCGAGUGUCAUUGUAAACUGGGUUAUUGGCGAUACCUUCAAGAUGUGGUUCUUCUUCUCGAGUCCUGUUGGCGAGGUCCCAUGGGCGUUCAAGGCGUGCGGCAUCUUCCAGGCUUGUUGCGACUUGGGGCUUGCAGCGCAGUAUUUGAUGUGGGGUGAUGGACCGAUUGGUGUCGAUGGUGCGGGGAGGGAGAAGGAGUUGCGUAGCCCCAUUGUGCAGGAGGGUGAGGGGUUUUUUAACGAGAAGAUUGGCGACACGGGGGUAGUUGGGGGUAUUGAGAUGAAUGAUGGACAUGCGUGGGAACGGCCGAGGGCUAUAUAGAAUAUCAUUAUGAGGGGACGACGGUGGGGUAUACGAAGACAUGUACAUAAGCGGCAUUUAUAACAUCGCGGCGCUGACUGACUAGCCCCGACUUGACUUGCUUUCCGCCUUUCACGCAGGUUUCCAACAUGCCCUAAUCGCUUGAUUUAGCAGCAUAUACAAUCUUGUUUUCACAUCACGAAGGCGGAAAUUCCUCGACUACCUCACCGUUCGUGCUGGAUGGGGUGGAUGAAGAGUUCAGGGAGAUCAGAAAGACUAAUUUGUCAGCUAGGCAUAAAUCGAUACAGCUUAUAAAUUCGCCAACG